AUGGCUUCCAACAGGGAGUACGACUUGGUCCUGCUAGGCCCGACCGGUUACACGGGUCGAUUAUGCGCUGAGUAUAUCGUGAAGAAUCAUCCCACCGAUCUUAAAUGGGCUGUCGCAGGCCGCUCAGUAAACAAAAUUGAACCCAUCGUCGAGGAACUCAAGGCGCUCAACCCCGACCGUCGUGCGCCAGAUGUCCUCCCAGUCCAACUGAACCCCACCGAAUUGAAGGAGCUUGCCCAGAAGACCAAGCUGAUUAUCAAUUGCAUUGGUCCCUACCACCUAUACUCUAGCCCGGUGGUCGAAGCUUGUGCCAAUAAUGGGACCCACUAUCUGGACGUGACUGGAGAGACACCCUGGAUCAAGCUCAUCAUUGACAAGUACCAUGAAACGGCCAAGGCCAAUGGCUGUAUUAUCAUCCCCUCUGCUGGCAUGGAAAGUGUCCCUGCGGAUAUCUUGGCGUGGGCUCUUGUCAAGCGAGUCCGCGAGGACCUUGGAUCGCAGACCCGUGGAAUCGAAAGCUGCAUCAAGGACAUCAAAUCCUCCGGCGCUAGUGGCGGCACCCUUAACACCAUUCUGAGCAUCUUCGACUGGCUCCCAAUUUCGGAGCUUCUCAAGUCUAUCGGUCCCUUCUCGUUGACAGGUUCCGGUCCACUCAAGCAUGUUCCCAGCGACUCGAUCAUCACCAAACUCUUUGGUCUGCGGUCUGUUCCCGAUCUGGGUACCCUCACCACCUCCCCUAACGGCAUGGCCGAUAUGGCCAUCGUCUACCGCAGCAGCACCCUGAUGCCUGAGUUCUACGGCAAUCGGUUCGUUUUCCACCAGAUGCUGUACGUGCGCAACGCUCUUCUCGGCGUCGCCAUGCACAUCGGUUUCAACCUUUUUCUGGCGCUCCUAAUGUUCCCACCUGUGCGCUGGCUGUUACGCAAGUUUGUAUUCGCCCCCGGUGCUGGUCCGACACCAGAGAACUCUCGCAAUGACCGAGUGGAAUACCAUGCCGUUGCGACCGCAGACCAGGAUGUUCCCAAGCCGAAGCGCGUUUUCGGUAAGUUGGCCUACGAAGGAAAUAUGUAUGCGAUGACCAGCGUGCUUGUUUCGGAGGCUGCUAUGGUGAUCCUUCAGCAAGAGGAGAAGGUUCGCAAGGUUUCUCGUGGUGGCAUUGUUACCUCUGCCACGCUGGGCCAGGAAUAUGUGGAUCGUCUGGACAAAACUGGAGUCCACAUUGAGACCAAGGUUUGGGAAUUUUAG